AUGCAUUGGACGGAAGACAAGAACGACGCUGGCUUUGUCGCGGGCUGGUUACAGUCUGCCAACGUGUGUGGGCGUAUCGUGACGUCAUCUUUGUGGGGCUUAGUGAUGCAAAGACAUGGUCCUAAGCCAGUGCUCGCUGCCACUUUGUUUGGCUCUCUGGCAGGUGGCAUCUUGUUUAGCUUUUGUACCAACCUUGCUGGAGCAAUGUGUAUCCGCUUCAUCUUUCUGGGUAUGUUCAAUGGUUGGCCAGUACUCGUGGCCCCCUGUGCUGCGGCCGUAGCAGGAGAUGCCAGGCAAACGCAGGUCUUGGGCCUGAUUAUUGCGUGUGGCAGCGGCACACAGCUGGUGGGUCCUGGGAUUGGUGGCUGGACCUAUGGCCUCGUGCCUGGUUAUCCAGCCAUGCUUCCCAGCAGCAUCGGUUGCAUCCUGGCCAUCGCCACCAUCGCCGUGUUCCUCCGCGUGCGCCGAGCCUUCGAGCUGGUGGAGGAGGAGGAGGCGACGCCAAAGUUGCGUCGCAGCUCCAAAGCGGCGCUCUUCCGUUUUCCGGUGCCACUUUUGCUGUGGAUGCGUUUCUGCCAGGGCUUCGCCGUGUUCGGCGUUUAUGAGGCUAUCCCCUUGUGGCUCAUCAGCGACAAGGCCCUGGGAGGUCUUGGACUUUCGGAAAAGGAGGUGGGAUCGCUCCUCUCGCGUUCUGGGCUUUGGAGCAUCAUCUACUUCUCCUUCAUCAUGCCAUCUCUGAUUCCCAAGCACCUUUCGCCUCGCUUCUUUUCGAUCCUCACCAGCUGCACUGCGGGUGUCACAGCCGUGCUGCUGCCCUAUGCCUCGACGGUGCCUCUGGCGAACGUGCUGCACCUGAUUUUUGCCUGCACGUUCGUUUCCCAAGCCGCUGUCAACAUGCAAUUCACCAACAAUGCCACGGGUCCCCAAGACCGAUCUGUCAUCACAGGUGUGGCCGUCACGGUGGAAACCAUCGGCAAAGCCUUGUCGCCAGUGGCCAUGUCCUGGUUAUUCGCUUGGUCCUUGCAGCGUUUCGGGAAGGAGGGUCAUGACCUGGUCUUUGUGGUCCUGGCGGCUCUAGCGCUGAUGCAGCUCACGUGCAGUUUGUUCCUUCCCAGCAGCGUGGACGGCAGCGAAGCAGUACAAACCGAAGAUGCGAGCCCAGUCGGAGCGGCCAAGGUUCCUGCCUCGAAGAUUGGCGGCAUGCAACAUCCGCAAGCUUCGCUGCGCGAGCGAUCCCCACCCCCUUAA